GCUGGGAGGCAUGGUUCCAGCCCGGCGGCACGCUGGGGCAGGGCAUGUGGCAGGAGCGCCGGCAGACCCCCAGGGGCGAUGCCCCGGCUCCAGACCUGCGGGGCUGGGGGUCAGAGCCUGUGCCCGGUGGGCUGGGGGAGCGGGAGCUGUGGCGUCCCGGCUCAUCAGCUUCUCUGCAGCAUCGCCUUUGUUCUGCACAGUCCCUCCUCCCCACCAUGUGCUGAGUUAGAGGUUUCAGUAAUGCUCUUCUGGGCUCUGUCUCUAUCCAGAGGCUAUAAAAACCCAGCCGGAGGGCUGCUGGGCAUGUCACCUCCCCAGGCACCAGCGCCUCACCCCAGUAGAGCCACCAUGACCCACCGCUGCAGGAGAUCCUCUGGUCUCUGGAAGAUCGUGGUGUGGGAUGAGGCUUUCUUCCAGGGCAAGAAGCAUGAGUUCACCAGUGACUGCUACAGCACCCCAGAGCACGGCUUCAGCACUGUCCGCUCCUGCAAGAUCGAGAGUGGGGCGUGGGCAGGUUUCGAGCACUGUGGCUUCCAGGGGCAGCAGUUCGUCCUGGAACGUGGCGAAUACCCGUGCUGGGAGGCGUGGAGCGGCAGCAAUGCCUACCACGUGGAAAGGCUGUGCUCCUUCCGCCCCAUCGCCUGUGCUGACCAUGGGCGCAGCAGGCUGAUGAUCUUUGAGCAGGAGAACUUCCAGGGCAGGCGGGGGGAGCUGAGUGAUGACUGCCCCUCGCUACCCGCCCUCGGCUGGGGUAGCAACGCUGUGGGCUCCUUCCUCGUCCGUUCUGGCGCGUGGGUCUGCUCACAGUACCCGGGGUACCGGGGCUUCCAGUACCUCCUGGAGAGCGACAGCCACGGGGGCGAGUACAAGCACGUGCGGGAGUGGGGCUCCCACGCGCAGACGGGCCAGGUCCAGUCCAUCCGCAGGGUCCAGCAGUGACUGUCGGCACCAGAGCCGCCAGCCACAUGCUCUGGACACCGUCUCUCCCGCAGGGUGGCGGGGGCAAAGCUCAA